CCCGCGGCCGCCGCCGCCUCCCCACCGGGCCCGCCUGCCAGGCCCCCAGGGCGCCGGCGUGGGAGCCCAGGUGCUCGCGGCCCCGGCGUCCGGGCCGCAGCUCGCCCGUCGCGCCCCGGCUGCGCCCCCGCGCGUCGCCCAUGGCUGAGGGCCGGCGGCGGGAAGACGAGGAGGAAGAGCUGCGCGAGCGCCGAGAGCUCGCGGCCCCCCGCCGCGCCCGGGGCCGCGCGCUGUCGGGUCACUCGGCCGCAGAUCGCAACGAACGAAAUAAACCAGAGCAGCGUUCUUCAAGCCAAGGACCCUUGUCGUCCAUUAGAGCGGUAAUCAAGAGAUCUUCUCGGACUUCUAUUCAAAGUGAGCUUCACCGAGAUAGGAGGCGCCCAGAGAUCACCAUUGUGGCAGCUGAGCCCCUGAGGCCGGCCUCGUGGUUUCCAGGAGCCCCACCCCCAGGACUGGGAUUUCCACCGUCUUCUGCCGCAGGCCCAUGGAGAACCAAUGAGCUAGUUCCUGCUGAGCUUCCACCAUCUUAUGAACAAGUCAUAAAAGAAAUUAACCAAGUUCAAGUUAAUGCUACAAAUAAUAAUAAUGCUGCUGCCAUUUCAAGGCGCACUAUUACUUCGGCAACUCAGACAGACUUUUCAGAAGAAAUAGACAACCAUCUGCCUCAAAGUAAUGCAACACUACAGGCACCUCUCAAGCCUCUUCAGCCUCCCCCAGUGGUCUCAGCCUGUGAUCUCCUGUCAAGUGUGGCGCCUUUAAUAGUCUUUGAUAAUUCUGAAGCACAGAAUUGUCCAGAAAACUCCAGUGCUACAAGAUGUCCAGUGCCAAGACCAAGAUCAAAAAGCAACCUCAGACCAGUAGCCAGAGAUACUCCCAUUAAAGAGCAAAAUCACCAGAAAAUCAGCCCAGUGGCCACAGAAGAGGAAUCUUCCCCAAGCCAGUGCCAGUUUCUGUUGGACAAUACCAACGGCUUGGAUGGUCAGGCCGUGAUGAACAUCAUGAAUGCAGAGCGAAGCCAAAACAGUGUUGUUUCAAAGAUCAAAGCAUUUGAGGGUCAGACAAAUACAGAAAUCUCGGGUCUACCUAAGAAACCAGAAAUUGCUCCCCGCACACUCCCCUCAAGGCCUGCUGUUCCCUCAGGGAAACCCGCUGUGGCUCCCAAACCAGCUGCUAACAGAGCUUCUGGACAAUGGGACUCCUGGACUGAAAAUAGACUCAAGCUGGCCUCCAGGGAAGGGCUCCCCCCAUACUCCUCGGCACAGGAAGCAGGGAGCAUCCCGGUAACCAAACCUGAAUUGCCAAAGAAGCCAAGUGCUGGCCUCACACAACGUGUUAAUCAUGAGAGUCUGGGAGGAGGGCCUCUGGCUGAGAGCCCCGAUAGUGGCAGGAAAGUCCCAACUCCUGCUCCUCGGCCUUUACUGCUAAAGAAGUCUGUUUCCUCAGAAAACCCCAGCCCUGUGACUUCCCUGAGCCCUGUCGCUGCUCCUCCCCAGCUCUUGGUGGCAUCACAAGCCAAAGCAUUCAGGUCACUGGGGGAAGGACCUCCACCAGCUGCCCCAGUCCCAGUUGUGCAGAGCAAGCCUCCAGGAGACAUUGACCUCAUUAGUUUUGACGAUGAUGUUUUACCCACCCCAUCUGGGAACCUGGGUGAAGAGUCUGUUAGUUCAGAGAUGGUUCUGGAUCCCUUUCAGCUCCCCACAAAAACAGAACCAACAAAAGAAGGAGCAGUUCUACCAGCACCCACCAGGAAGCCCACUGUGAUUCGGAUUCCAUCCAAACCAGGAAAAUGUUUACAUGAGGAUCCACAAAGCCCACCUCCUCUCCCUACUGAAAAACCUAUUGGAAACACUUACAGUACAGUAUCUGGGAAACUCAGUAAUAUUGACAGAACUAGAAACUUGGCAACUGACCAUGCUGGUCAAACAGGAGGCUCUGCGCGAGGACCCCCACGGUUGCCACCAAGACCUGUAAAUGGAAAAGUCGUACCAGCUCGACAGCCUGCUUCCAAGGGGGCCCCCGAGAGACCACCUCCCCCUAAACUUGCUGCAAGCAGAACAUCAAACAAAAAGCUGCUCUUGAGUCGGUCAUCUUCUGACAUGGACCUUCAGAAAAAACAAGGAAACUUAGCAUCUGGACUCUCAAAAGCCAAGAGUCAAGUCUUUAAAAAUCAAGAUCCAGUGCUGCCCCCUCGCCCCAAACCAGGACACCCUCUCUACAGGAAAUACAUGCUGCCAGUGCCUCAUGGAAUUGCCAAUGAAGACAUUGUCCCCCAGAACCCUGGAGAACUCUCUUGUAAGGGCCCACGCCAUGCCCAGAAGCCUGUUGACAGUAGUGCCCCUCAUGCUGUCGUUCUUCACAAUUUCCCAGCAGAACAAGUUGAUGAUUUGAACCUCACUUCUGGAGAAAUUGUUUAUCUUCUGGAAAAAAUAGAUACAGAUUGGUACAGAGGAAAAUGUAGAAACCAGACUGGCAUAUUUCCUGCCAGCUAUGUCAAAGUAAUUAUUGAUGUUCCAGAAGCUGGAAAUGGGAAAAGAGUAUCAUCCGUUUCAUCUCACUGUGUUAAAAGCCCAAGAUGUGUUGCUCGAUUUGAAUACAUUGGAGACCAGAAGGAUGAGUUAAGUUUUUCGGAGGGAGAAAUUAUUACUCUUAAAGAGUAUGUGAAUGAAGAAUGGGCCAGAGGAGAACUUCAAGACAGAACUGGGAUUUUUCCCCUUAACUUUGUGGAACUCAUUGAGGAUCAUCCCACUUCUGGUGCAAAUGUUUUAAGCACAAAAGUACCACUGAAGACCAAACAAGAUUCUGGUGCUAAGUCUCAGGAUAAUACCCUUUCUGGAGAAUGGUGUGAGGCUCUUCACAGUUUCCCAGCAGAGGCCAGUGAGGACUCAUCCUUUAAGAGGGGAGACCAGAUCCUGAUCCCCGAGCGUCUGGACGCUGCCUGGCCCAGGGACCGACUGUGCGGCAAGGAGGGGGUCUUUCCAGCAGCCUUUGUGCGACCCUGCCCAGCAGAGGCAAAAAUUGUGUCUGCUUUAGCACCGAAGGGGAGGAAGGCCAAAGCCUUAUAUGAUUUCCACGGGGAAAAUGAAGAUGAACUUUCCUUCAAGGCUGGAGAUAUACUAACAGAGCUGGAAUCUGUAGAUGAUGACUGGAUGAGCGGAGAACUAAUGGGAAAAUGUGGGAUAUUUCCCAAAACCUACGUUCAGUUUUUAUGAGUCAGCUAAAGGUGAAGCUUAACUGUGUUCCUUGGCACAUGAACUCACUUGAACUAUCACUUUGACUAUCAGAUAUGUUUUUGCACUAUUUUAAAAAAAAUAUCUAUGCUGUACAUGGUACACUAGAAUUUUCUGAAAGCAGAAAAUGUCUAGAUUUUGUGGUUAGCUUUCAUUUCAUUCACAGUAGAAGUGUGCACAUGGAACCUGUGAGAAAAUGUUACCAAGGAAAACAUCUAGCAGGAAAGAUACAUGUCCUCCAGGGAAGCACCUAGUGACCUGGCAGCCUGGGGACACUUACAAGCAGAAGUUGCACUUGGCCGUCUAUUUUUAUCACCACAAAUAAAUUAACUGUGCUUCUUCAUUUUUUUUAACUUUCAUUUAAAAAGAGAACAUUUGAGAUUCUACAUACUGUAACUAUCAGAAUAUGGGUUGGUAAUCUAAAUUUCAUUUUUGAUAUUCAAAUUAACCAUAACAACUUAAGCACAUCCUUAUUAAGUAGGGCAAAUUCUUGCUUCAGGAAUAGGUAAUUUCUUGACUAGUUGGAGCCUUGUAAGCGAGUGGUGAGUCAUCUCAUGCUCACGAAAUGCUCCUUGUGUUACUGUCUCCACUUUGUCCAAGGAUUUGAAGGGGGUUGAAAUUUGAUAUAUCGUAGUCAAGAGAACCAAAACCAUCCUGAAAUGUCUUGUUAAUACAACUAACCCUUCCACAUAUAUGCCGUACUUAAUUAUUUCCUCCAUGUAUACUUUAUGUUAACAGGGUUAUUAUAAAAGCACAUUUUUUUUGAAUCUGCAAUCAUUCUUUUGACAAUUACUGGUACCCAAAGAAAAAUUCAUUUUCUUUGCAUUACCCCAGUAAUAUAUAAAAGCUGUGUCUCUGUAAUAGUGGUAUAUUACAAAUCACAUAUAUCUCAGAAUACAGAGCAACUGUUAAGAUUGAAAACAAUGCCAAACCUCCACAGCUCAUUUCUUCCCAGUAUAAUCAGAAUGAAAAAUAAGGUAAGAAGACUGAAGGCUGAUACUUUGAGGUUUUUUUUCCCAGCUCAUCCCUGCACAAUUAUUAGAAUAAAUUAAAAAACCACUUUCCUGCUAUCCAUUGUUAUUCAUUCCAGGCCUAAGGUAAAAAUGGCUCUUUAUAUGACUGAAUUAAUUACAGUUUACGGGCUAAAGCCAAAUAGGUCGAAGACAAUCUGCCAAACAGAUCAGUGGAAUAGUUUCAUUGGAAAUGUAAAACAUUUUCCCAACAAUGGUUCAUGACUUUCUUCCAUUUUUUAUAAGAGUUUCAUAUACUGGCCCACUUUUUAGCUUUUAUUGUUGUUUCCUAUUGUCCAAAAAUAGGCAGCCAGUGGUCAAACUAUUAUGUGAACAUCACAUGGGGUUCUGUAAGGGAAGAGGUAUUUACUUUGUCUUUGAUUAAAGUUCAUCUCCCAGUUAUAUGGUUACAAAUGAUUUUGGAGUAUGAGAGCUGUUUUUUCUAUAUGUUUUGAGUAAAGAAGACUAUAAAAAAUGUCAAAUUUCAUUCAAGGGUAAUUUCAUGAGAAAUGGAGGUAUUAAAGCAUUAUCCUAGCUAAAUUCCCAUCUGCAGCAAGCUGUACAACAGAAGAAAGUGCGGGGUGGGGGGAGUACAGUACGACAUGAGGUAUAUUACUUUGCCUAUGUAAUUUUAACAUCUUGCAUCAAAGAUCAUGAAAACCUAGCUUUAUUGGAGAAUAAUAUCCCUCUUAAAUUUUGGCUUUCUGUCAGCAGAAUGAUAAGUGCAAUAGUUGUAAAUCUACUUGACACUGUAAUAAACUGAACUGAACUUUUCAAAGUC